AGCUAUUAUUGAGUAGAGUAGGGAAUUAUUUAUGGGAGAAAGGGUAUUAGUGUUAGGAAGAUUGUUACUGUUUGUGUGCAUGUGUUUGUUUCCAAAUUUUUCUCCUAUUAAUUGAUACUAAACUCAAAGUAAAAGCUAGCAUUGACUUGAAGCAAAAGCAAGUGGUGAAAAGGAAGAUCUAGAAUGGCUUACCUUCCAAAGUGGCUAACUUUUCUAAAAGGCAAAGAGGUCAUUAUUGCUAAUGCUAUAAUUGCAAUAUUGACAAUUGGCGGGCAGCAGCUUUUCUCUUUUUUUACAUUCAGCUGCCCCUGCCAUGCUGGGCAGAACCUUAUCUAUGGGCUGGCUUUCCUAGGAGUUCCUGCACUGAUCCUUUUGAUUGUUGGUUUUGCUCUUAAUAACCAGACUUGGAGGCUUGUUACAGGCAAAAGAUCCCCUCUUCAGCAAGAGGGGACAUGCAAUCGCUUACUGCAAUGUAAACUCACUUGCUUUGUUUUGUGUAGCAUCACUGGGAGAGCACUGGUUGCUCCAGUAACAUGGCUAGCAGUUACUCUGAUAAAUGGCUCAUUUUACGUGUGUGCUGUGAGUGAGUAUGUCUCUGUGUACUAUUUUGGAGGUAAUCCUAACACCACUGCUAGUGAACUCAGAAAGAUACUGGCUGCGUUUCCUUGCAGUCAGUUAGUUCCUCCAGAGCUGAGUAGGGCAAGAGAUGAAGUGAUUCUCCUCCUCCGAUACCAAUCACAAGUGGCUGGCUGGCUUCUGAUUGCUGUGGUAGCCAUCACUGUUUUCCUGUCUUACUGCCUAGCAAGCUGUUUYUCUCCACUCAGCUUCCUACACUUCAGAUACUGGACCAACUAUGUCCACAACGAGCAGGAUCUCUUUGACGAAGCGAUGGACCAGCACUCCAGGCUCUAUGCCAUGCAGCAUGUGAGGAAGUUCUUUGGCUUUGCCCCAGGGCAUGAAAAUGUCAAGGAAAUCCGUAUUCCAUCCCUCCGAGAGUGGCAAGCCAUUUCAGGAUUGGCCUUUCUGAAACUGGUGGAUGAGGAGCAUUAUGACUACAGCCUCCUCCAUGACUGGGCCCUCAAAGAUUCUGUAGAUGGAAAAUACCUGAAGACUGAUGAGACCAGAACUUGAUUCCAAGAUCUCAGGGUCUCCAAUCAACACCCYGCAGAAAGCAGGAAUUUCUGUACUUUGAUAUUGUCCCUGAGCUGCUCUGGAGCUUUUUGAUGCUUUAUUACACUGAUACUUAAAAUUCAUAAACAUGUCUUGAUUGUGUUGUACUUCAGUGUGUUUACAGUCUCCUUUCCUGAUUACGUCCUACUCCUGUGGGAGGUCAUAGUCUUGUAUAUAAACUGCAGUGGACUGUACCAGAAAGCAGAGGGCUGCAGACUUUUACUUCUGCAAAAAAGAAUGUAUGUGCCCCUUUUCUGGGAGAGAUGGUUAUUCCCCAAUUUUUUCCCUUCACAUUUAAAAAUAUUUAAAAAUUAAUAGCAAAAUCUUGACUCACAUCCUAAAUGUGGUGAAUAAUUGAAUGCUAUGAGUCUGAUGCAGUUUGUA